AUGACCGGCUGGCUGAGGGCGACGAGACCUCUCACUGACAGACUACGGCUUCAAAUGGCGACGGACCCCGAACAAGUUGCCGCCUUGGUCCUGCGGCAGUUCCAGAGGCUCCCGGCGAAGCGCAGGCCCCAAGUCAGGGACAAUGGACUACACGAAUGGGUUCCCUUGAGCGGCAUCGUCGCCGAGAGGGACGGUGUUUUGACGUGUCUUUCACUUGCGACGGGAAUGAAGUGCCUCCCCUCAAGUAAACUCCCACUAGCGAAAGGCAACGCUUUGCACGACUGGCAUGCCGAGAUCCUCGCCAUCCGCGCUUUCAACCGCUAUCUCUUGGACGAGUGCAACAGCCACCUUCAAGGCGCCGCCUCGGACUUCAUCAGGAAGCGUGAACCAUCAGAGAUAUCCACCGACUCGCCCCAGCCGUUCGCUAUCAAGGACGACGUUAAGCUGCACAUGUACUGCUCUGAAGCCCCCUGCGGCGAUGCGAGCAUGGAACUCACCAUGGCGGCGCAGGACGAUGCCUCGCCGUGGCAAGUCCCGGACUCCGCUUUCGCGUCCGUUCCAGGGGCCGCCGACGCCGAAUCCCUUCCCGGGCGCGCUUACUUCUCCCAGCUCGGCGUCGUCCGUCGCAAGCCGGCCCGCGGCGACGCGCCCCCGACGACAUCCAAGUCCUGCUCCGACAAGCUUGCCCUAAAGCAGUGCACGUCUCUACUCUCCUCGCUCGCCUCGCUGCUCGUCCACCCGGGCAACGCCUAUCUCGCGACCCUCGUGCUGCCGGAGUCGCAGCACUCCGCCGCGGCGUGUGAACGGUCCUUCUCGGAGUCGGGGCGGCUGCGCGCGUUAGCGGGCGCGCAAUGGCACGGCGGUUACGGCUUCUUCCCCUUCCGGGUGCGGACGACGGCGAGGGAGUUUGAGUUUUCCCGGAGGAGCGUCGGGACGAGGGCCGGGGCUGAGAGGAUCGCGGCGAGCAACCUGGCGGCGGCGUGGACCGCGAGCGGCGUCGACGAGGGGACGAUGGGGGGUGUGUUGCAGGGGCGCAAGGCCUUUGACGUCCGGGGCGCGAGCCUGGUGUCCAGGAGGAGGAUGUGGGAGCUCGCGGCAGCGCUUACCGGAAGGUUGAAAGGGCACGGGGCGGAGUUGCUACGGCGCGCCGUCGAUGUUGAGACGUAUGCGCAGGUGAAGGGAGGCAAGCUCCUGGCAGAUAGACGCGAGGCGAAGAGGAUCGCCAGGGAAGAGAGUCUGGCGGGAUGGGUUGUGAAUGUCGGAGACGACGACUUCUCGCGUUUGUGA